AUGCACCAAUGCUCUUUGGCAACUUUCGGUACCGGCGUCGGUGUACAACGCAUACCAUUUGUAUAUUUACCUUUGAAGGGUCAAAUUAUACAUCCGUCGAGGGAAAUCACGUUUCACAAUGUGAAAACGCCGAUAUGUGCGGUGUCCGGUGCACAAUUUCUAACUCGCAAAGGCUUUGUGGAUCUACGGAACUCGCUCGACGCGGACGUACCUUUCAGUCUAUUCCGUGAUGAAGGUCGUACGUUCUUGCAGUGGAGUGGUGAAGACGAGUUGCGUACGCGUAUGUCCGGCCGCGUGCUGGUGGUGCGCCUGCUGUGCCGCGACGUGUCCUCCGCGCCCGCCGCGCCGCUAGACCUGCGCGGGGUCUUUACACCCUGCGUCGCUUUCAGAGUACAAGGCACUCCCACCAGAUCACCUAACAAUAUAACCGAGGUUCAGUUCGCACCGAAUGCACAAACUUUGCCAACCACCGAUACAUCUGGACUAACUGUUACUGAAUACGUAGUGAUAGGAAUUAGUUCUCUCCUCCUUGGUCUCAUUUACGUUGCAUCCGUUUUCUUAUAUCUACAUAUACGAAAACGUCGAAAAGCAGCCUCCGAAGAAAGUAAAGCAAGAAAACUUAAAAGCAUAAACAAAGAUGGCAAAAUUCUCACCGAACGUGAUAUAGUUCGUAUUAAUAAUGAACGUAUGCAAACGUUGCCUGUUCUUGGACAAGAUGAUGGGGUUAUUAAGAAAAAUCCAUUGUUAAGUCGACAAUAUCAUGAUAGUAAAAGUGGUUUUCCAAGCGAUUCUGGUAGUAAUGUGUCUGAUUCCGAUGACUUCGCCGGCAGUAGCUCACGAAGCGAGGACAAUGUAUGUAAAAAACAAACAACAUCAGCGGUCGUCCACCUCCAAAGUCGUGAAGUGAGACAUCAAAAUGAUGAUGUCGGUCACCGCGAUGAAUCAGGGAUUGAGAAACUCCCCGACGAACACGUGUCGAUAGUGGAGACUAUCGAGGAUAGAGAAAUAACUCGGCCAGUGGGCACCACGCGACGAAAACUAUACUUUAAUCCAGCUUACUUUGAACCACAUUUAAUGGCCGAACCCCCACCAGCUGCUUUAGAAUUCCUUACAAAAAUAAGAGAAGUAAUUUCAAUAGCAAAGCACAAAAUGGCCUCUAAGCGUUUUCAUCCAGUGCUAAAUGAAAUACCGGAGGAAGAAACAUAUAAUUCUGGGAACAGUUUAGAUUUAUAUCACGGGUUAGGAAGCCAACGUAGCGGCAGUAUUCUGAGUUUUAAACGAGAGAAUAGUAGAAAGAAAUCUGUCAAUUGUGUUGGCUGUCCGGGAUGUACUACUGAUGGUGACCCGAAAAAUCACAUAAAAACUGACAUAAAAUGUACCGGUUGUCACACAAAAGGCGAUAAACAAAGCAGCAUUCGCAAAUGGCUAGAAAAUAUACCUAACGGGAAGCAACAAAUAUACAGCGAUACACAUGAUAGUCAAAAUCUAUCAGAAUCUCUUCUAUCGUUACCAAUUGAAAAUCGAUGCAGAAUUAAGAAACAAGGAAGCUUUUCUUGCAAUUCUAUGUAUUCAAGCGAUCAUAUCCAUACUUCUAAUAGAUCUUCAACUCGAUCUGUUAGAUCGGAACCAUCGUUAAGGAACUACAAUAUACCAUUACCUGACUUUGACAAUAUCGACUGCGAUCACUUCAAUCAAACUAACGCAAUCGAUGAUGAUAUCGCCUUAAACGACUUUAGAUCAGGCAGUUCCAGAAGUUACAAAACACAACGUAGAAAUAAAAUCCUCAGUAACAAAAACUCACUUCCUGAUAUGGUUAAUGAAGCAAUCGCUUUAGAACAUUGCGCCAAAUCUGAAAAUACCAGCUCUGAUGAAGAAAAAUUCAUGUCCAGAUCACUGAAUAUUGACGGUCAAAGCACAUUCACAAACAAAUCUGAUAGUCCGAAUGGUAACGAUUACGAAACUGAUAGUUUAGAAAGAACGACAAAUAAAAAGAGAAUUUUGACACCAAUCGAUUUCUCUGAAGUUCCUUCUUCACAAGCAAGUCCCAGUCUAAGCAACGCAUUACCUAUGGAAGAAGAACUCACAAUGAGAAAUGCUGUAUAUAAAACCUCAAGUAGUAGUAAUACUCCGUCGCCGCAAAGAGAUAUGUGCAUUGAUCAAAAUCAUUAUGAAAUUAUUGAAAAACCAAUAGAAAAUCCUCCUAAACCUAUAGAAAUUAAAAAUAGUACAAAAGAGAAAAGCGAUUAUAGUUUAGUGAGCGAAGUGUAUGUGAACAAUAACUAUAAUUUCGGAAGUACACCAACUACGCCAAGUGGAUCAGAAUGCUCUAUGGGUAGUAGAAAAUUCAAUCAAAUAGAAAACGGUGAAGAGAAGCCAGGAUGCUUGACUAUAGAAGUCAAAGAUCCACCAGAAAACUACAUAAAGAUUCACGAAUCAGAUGGUUUUGAGCCAGACACAUUAGAUCGAAAGCAUCCUAAAAAUAAAGAUUUCAUUCCUAACAUUCAGUUCAGUCGAAAAGAUUUAGUUGAAAACAUUGACAAUAAUAAUAAACAACCUCAAAGAAUACAGCUUAGAAGCAGUGGUACUUUUAAAAAAACUUCGAAUCAAAUUGAGUAUACAGCAAAAUUUAAUAGUCUCAGAAAUGAAGGGGAACAAAAUUUGCAGAAAUCAGACACGCGUUCCAAACUAGAAGAUACCGAUGAUACAUUGGACGAUAGUGGCUGGAAUGCAGAAGAAGGUCGAAUAUUAACUCUCGAAUACAGACAUUCUAAAAGACAAAGACAGUGUACACCACCUACAAUAAAACAGUUAAAAAACUUAGCUAGACCGGAUAUUUUGCCUCCAUUACCUCCAACUGAAGACACAUACGAACAACCAAUCAUUCCUGCUAGAAGAGUAGAAAAUGAUAGAACUGAAGGAUCAUAUUCAAAAAACUCGAAAACCAGAAGCCUUAGUCCGAAACAAAUUAACUUAUUGGCUGAAACUAAUCCGUGUGGAAUGGACGAUUUAAAGUAUAGUUCAUCCUGCAGUCCAGUGAGAGCUGUCCAAACUUCAGAAUGUGGUCAAUAUGACCAUAUGCCGUCAACCGCUAACACAAUCCCUAAAUUACCAAAAACAAGUGUUUCUUGCAGGAAUUCUAAUAGAAAUUGUUGCAAUAGUGUCGACACUAAUACAUUCGUUAGAGAUAAAGAUGGACAUAGAACUAAAUAUAGACGAAAAAAGUGUAAUAUAGAUGAUUCUGGUUAUUUAAGUAGUGAUUCUACAUGUUCUAGACAAGUUCAAAGAAAAUUAGUUAUAGCUAAAAUAGUUAAUGGUAGUGAAACAGACGAUACUGAAAACGAGGCACGAAGUGAAUCCGGUGCGGAAAGUACGGAGACGCAUUCCGUUUAUUUCGGUAGUUUUAGAAAGUUGCCAUCAAGUGACGAAAAUUCUAAUUGCAGUCGAACAUUUAGACAUAGUUUACGUGAUGUUAAACGAUAGUGGCGAAAUGUGAAUUUUAUAUUAUUGAAUUACUAACUGUUGCCUGCGACUUCAUCCGCGUGGUAUUAGAAAAUAUAC